AUGGUCGCUGCACUUCCUUUUCCGUGGGUCCACGCCAUCAUUUUCUCCGUCCACCAUCUUCGUUGCAAUCCACCACCUUCCACCCGCCGAGUGCGAGGUGACGGGCCGCCAUCAUCGAUGGGCUCCUACACUCCACUGGCUGCCACCUCGCACUCGGCGGGUGGAAGGCAGUGGAGCGUAACAAAGAUGGUGGACGUAGAAAUGGUGUGGCGUGGACCUACGGGAAAGGAAGUGCAGCACCAUAAUGGACGACCACCACUACACACUACUGACCACCGCCAGGUGUGUGCAUCGGUGCAGAUCACAGUGGCCGUCCACCAUCAUUACCGCACCCCACUCUCCACGGCUGCGGCCACACUACAAUGUCCUCCAUCAUCGACGCACUCCACCGCGCGCCACCAUCACCCCAGGUUGCAGAAAGACGGUUACCGCUGCACUCGACGGCCGUGGUGGACGGUGGAGUGCUGGAUUGCGUCCAUGUUGGAGGACAUUACAAGCACUGUGAUGCCCACCAUCAUCGAUGCCCUACACCGAGUGAUUCUAACGAGUGUCUCCCGCAGCCUCCGCGAUCGCAGUUAA